AUGGCGUCGUAUCUAGUGACUGGCGCUUCCCGAGGGCUCGGGUUAGCGCUGGUCACCCGUCUAGCAACAUUGCCCAAAACUGAGGUGGGGACAAUCAUCGCCACCACGCGCCAGGACAAUUCUGCUCGAUUGAAGGAAAUUGCAGAUACCUCAGCGUUGCGAGUGCAGAUUGUCAAAUUAGAUGUCACUGAUGAAUCUAGUGUAAAAGAUGGGGUCGCGGCAGUAGAGCGCCAACUGAAAGGGAAGGGGCUUGACUAUUUAGUCAACAACGCGGGAGUGAGUGACUGGUCCCCAAAAGGAUUGGAAGGAAUGGACAAUCUAAACGAGACCUUCAAUGUCAAUGUCACUGCGCCACACCUUGUAUCGCGCGCUUUCCUGCCACUUUUGCGCAAAGGCGAGAAGAAAAUGGUAAUCAACAUAUCGACCACUCUAGGCUCUAUGGCUAUGGCUGAUGCGUUUCGGCCCUUGUUGUCGCCGGCAUACAAGAUCUCGAAGGCCGCAUUAAACAUGCUCACUGUGCAAUAUGCCCAGCAAUAUGCGAGUGAUGGCUUCACCUUUCUUGCAAUCAGUCCUGGGUGGCUUCGCACUGACCUUGGUGGCUGUCGAGCUGAUCUUCCAGUUGAAGUAGGCGCGGAGAAGGUCCUGGAUAUCAUACAAAAGGCAACGCCAGAGCAGAACAGGAAAUUUUUUAACAUACAUGUCCCUGGAUGGGAGACGCGAGAGGGUCCAAACCAAUAUGAUGGCAAAGAGAUCCCUUGGUGA